ACAAAAAGUCACCCGUGUGACUCGGUCAGACAUGUUUGAACCAACCAUUGUUCACCCGCUAUCGACCAAUCACAAUGCACUAAAUCAAUUGUUUCGCAAACUCUACGUUUGUAAUUUAAAAAAUACUUUAUUAUUGUUAUUCGAAGAUUGAUUUUUGUGUGAAGUGAUUAUGUGUAUUGUAUUUUUGGUGAUUUUUGUUUUUGAAGUGAAGAAAAAUUCAGUAUGAGUGUUAUUCAUAAGUAUACGUUUGUGUAUCACCAGGGCUUGAGAAAUGAGUGGCGGGAGCGUCAUCAAUGGCCUGACAAAAUGUUCAGAACGGCGUCAGUCGAGGGCUCCGGGCCGAGGACGCCGCCGGCCUACGCCCCCCACCCUCCCUACGUCCCGCCCCGCUUCUUCCCCCCUCGGAUACGACCACCACCCCCCCAAUACUGCUUCGACGCAGCUCGCUUCGCCUGCGACGCUUCCAAACCCCGAUACCUGGACGUGGAACGAGAGAGACUAGUCACAAGAUGGCUGGCAGAAGCCAACGAAGCGCUGGUGAGAAGAGACCGACCUCCGAGGUAUAAGCCUCGGAGUAGUGAGCGAAGACCGGACUUCUUAGAGAGAAGACCAAACGCUCCGGAAUGGGCGGACAAUUUCUUGUUGGGCCGCCGGAACGGUUCGGUUGAGCCCGAAGACGAUUGUAGUGAAGUGAUGACCUUGAAAGAAUUCGUGGAUAAGUUCUCAUUGCCUCGUGUGGUAAAGUUUGAGGGAGAGGAUAGGCCAGUGCUAUUGUAUAGGGUGUUGGAGGCGCACAGGAGGGUCGAGGCUGUCCCUUUGUCCGGGAAAAAGGGCAAACUGGUUGGAAAGCCGCUCUACAUUCCGGAUUCUUAUGAUGGUUGGUUCUCAGCGUGUGGGUGUCGGGGCGGAGCCCUAGCCUCACCACGGGGCUCCAUCUCGGCCCUACUGAGGGCACGUGCCUUCGCCCUCGUGUCGCCGCGCGCUAUCUCCGCGUACCGAGCGCGACCGGCCUCCGAGAGCGGGCGUGUAGGAGCGCAGUACGAGCGGGCGGCGGCGCGGCCCGGCACGCCGCUGCGCCUCGCAGGCGUGUUCGCAGACGGCAGCAAGGCUAAGGCGCCGAAAUAUGCUCAGCUCAUCGAUCCGCAGGGGAACGAGCUCUUCGUGCCUAUCAAUACUAAAGGAGAACUAUACGAGGUAUGCCCGGAGGAGCUGUCGCCGGCGGAGUGGGAGCCCGCGGUGGAGGGACGCGGGGAGGUGGCUCCCGACGUGGCUGCGCGGGCGCACCGCCUACCGCACUUGCUCAGCAUAUGGCGGCUGCCGACCAGGGUGCGCCUGUUGGCAGGGACCGUGCCGAUCGAGAUGGCACAUGAUGUUGGAGAUGACCUUCUACUGCGGGCGGCGGUAACAGAACCAGUUCUCGUGAUGUGCACCCUCCCGGAGUACGGAUCGAUGCCCUCGAGCCCGAGCAAGCAGGUGGACCCUCGCUACCACGCUAAGGAAACUCUACAACUGCUUCCCCUCAACAGCACCAUCAAAGUGAGACGCACGCAGCUCGGUUUCGAAAACGAGAAACGAAUGUUCCUCUCCGCACGCCUUCAAAAAGCUCUAACCUUCUGUCAACUCAAUGUUGACAACUGGAUCAGGCAGAUUUCUUACGCCAACUCAACAGUGGUCGGGAAAGCAAAGACGGCCGAAGACCUCAUCAGAGAAGACCACGAACCUGUCAAGUUUGAAAAAGAAAGAAAAUUCACUCUACAAGGUCUUAAGAUUGAUACAUCAAGGCUAUUCGGCAAAAGCGAAAAGGUAUUGAAAGAUAUUCCGGACGAAACCGAGGGCUCUAUUAUAUUUUUAAGUAAAAACGAACUUGAGCACAUGAACUACGACGUUUACAGCGACGACGAGGGAAAGGAUGAUAAAGCUGAUGAAAAGAUUGAACAGGAACAGUUUUCUAGCGAUAAAAUGCAAGUGUUUAGGGAAGAUUCUGGACAUAAAAAGAACAAAUGGUUUAAAAACUUAAAACUUCUAAGGAGCACGGAGAAGCUUACCGACGAAAAGAUAACAGCUAUUGAAAAUAGUGAGAAAUUACGAGAUGUCAAAGAUCCGUUUGAUCCUCUAGGCGAGAAGCAUAGUUCCAUAGAACGGUACCAAGAUAUGGCUAAAUUAAUUGAAGAUAGAUUCGGCUGUACAAGGAAAAACGACGGCACGGCUGAAAAGAGCCAUUCAUACAAGAGUUUAACAACAUCAUCAUCAGAUAUGGGCACGAGCCAAUGCAGUUCUAAUCACAAGAAGCCGGUAUUAACAAAGUCAGUCUCUGUACAAACUGGAAUGCCGGACAAUUCAUAUACGGAAGACGAUAGCGGUAUCAACAUGAAGCACGGCCGCAAAAACCUCAGCGUCGAUCAAAUCAACUACUGCGGUUCUAUGGAAAGUGAUGCUAGCUCAGGAAGGAAGCUUAAGAGCUUAGAUGAAAAUAUGCUCAAAAAAUCUUCAGCCACAAAAUCAUCAACGAAUCUCGAGAGGAGACAGAGGAUACAGCCAGAUCUGAUACCAGAAAAAGCCAUGGUCAAGUCCGAGUCCUACAACCAGAUACAAAGCUGUGAAGAAAUCAACAUGUUUGGCGUCGGGUCUCUGUAUAAUGACAGCGAUUUCGAAAUAAAUUACAAACAACACUCGUUCAUUACGGAAAAACUUUGCUCCGAGUUUCACGUGAAAACUAAGAGAGUACUAAGCAAAUCAACGUCAAAUCUCCUUCAUCCUAAGAAGGCUAGUGACAAGAAGGAAGGUAGCAACAGUAACAGUAUGCCAACUAAAACCGAACGGUCAGCAGAUAGCGAGAAAAUUGUUAACUUCAGGAAGAAAAUCGACAAACCUAGAGCCCCAACUCCUAAGUCUGAAAUUGAAGAAGAUAUCACAGCGAUCGAUAUUUCAGAAGAGGAACCACAGACUCAAGUUAAAAUCCGCAGAUCUAUAUCAUCUAUACAGAAACGAAAGCUACCAGUCAUUGAAGAUCUACCGUACGGGCAAGUAGCAGACGCUGUUCAUGUGGAGGAAGAAAAAGUAGAAUCAGACGCGAGCUCUGAUAAUAUUUACGCAGAGAUUUGUACUCCCAACGGCAACAAAACUAGUGACGAGGAAAAUUAUGACAACAACAUCGAUGUACUGGCAACAGACCCAGUCAUCUGCAACGUCAAGAAAGAAGUAAUUAUUAGAAACGAUGAGCGAGCGAGACAGAUGAUAGAAAACCAAGAAAAUCCAUUCAGACAUAUAGAAGUAGUCGUUAUAGAAAAAACUACAGAUUUCGAUUUGGACAAUUCUAGUAUUACAUCAAGUGAUAUCGACGAUAUGGGAAGUAAGAACGAUGUGUCCAUCAUCGAUUCAUGGGAACGAGAUAAGAACAAGUCAGAUAAUAAAAUCCACGCGAUCAGAUUAGAAAUCACAAGUAACAUGGACGAAUAUCCGAACCACAACGAUCACAAUAAUAUAGAGAAAACUGAAAUCUGUUUAAGUAAAGAUAAUUCUUUAAGUUUUAGCAACAGUAUACAUUUGAAUGGUACAUAUCCCAACGAAGCCAUCUAUGAUACUUUAAAAUAGUUUUAGUACUAGUUUAGUUACACUUGCGGCCACAAAUAGUGUCUUGUAGUCAUAUUUUUGAUGUACCAAUAAAAAUAUAACUUACAACAUAAUGUUCCCGCUUCAAAAGUCACCUGAGAUGUGAUGCCGACUUUAGUUUUAAGCUUUUUUCAAUGUAUAAAUGCUUUAUAUUAUCAGUACUUAAGUCAAUUAGAGAGAAUUUUUUAAUUAUGUGAUUACAACCAGUGAAGAAGUGGCAUAUACUAGAUGUAAUGUUAAUUGGACUUGUAUCACCGUGGUAACUUAAUCAGAUUAUUUUACUUUGGAAACUUCAGGAUGUACCUAGACUGACACAUUUUACCAAAGAAAUGUGUACUCAAUGUUAGCUUACUAUACAUUAUCUAGAUGCUGCCGUCGCUACAGAUAUUUAGGUAAAGUAAAAUCAGCUGUAUUUUGUCCUAUUGUCUUAUUAAUAAGAGCAGAUAAUCAAAACUUAUGACUCUUCCUAUUAAAAUAUGAUUAAAAAAGAGUUUUAUGUUAAGCCUUUUCUUCAGUUGAGUUGAGGUUUAGGCUGGCUUGAAACCUUUUGGAAUCCUUACCUAAAAUUUAAUUUUAGCUACAAUCAAAAUUAGACGGCUUAAAAAAAAACAAUUAAUAACAGACAAUUUACCUAGUCUCCUAUCAAAAUAAAUCAUAAAAAAAACGUUGUAAAAAUUUUAUAGGUACAAGAAUAUGGGGUGAUAAAAAAACACAUGUAAAAAUUAGUUUUUAAUUUAUCAUUAUUAUUAUUGAAUAAAGGUGUAUACUUAUUUUGACACGGAGUGUACCAAUAAUAAAUAAUAUUUGUAAAAUAUGCACUACCUGUAUUGUUACGUAACUUUUUAUAGCACCUACUAAUUUCUCUGAGUUUAUGUUUAGUGGCAGUGCAAGUGAUUCUGGUUUUGUGAUACGAUUUUUGAUAACAAAAAGUAAUAAGUAAUGUAAGUAGGUACCUACCUAUCGCCCGAAUACUGUAAUGCCCUUAAAUAUCGUGCUAUCUCUGUCAUUUUAUUAAAAAAUGAUAGAGUCAGAACUUGUUUUGAGAGCGUCUUAAAAUUGAGAAGCGUUUGAGUAUUCGGACAUAUAUCUCACAAUAAAUGUAAAAUGUUUAAAAAAAUUGUCCCUGAGUUAAAUUAUAUACAGACAUUUUCGAUUAAGGCUCUUUUUGACAACGGAAAAUGACAAAAAAUGUAGUUAAUUAUUUUAAUUACCUUGUGGUAAUCUCAAUCAAAACACUAAUAGGUAUUAUCGUAUUGUAGGUAUUUAAUUUAUCUCUUCCGUUAAAUACUACGCACUAAUUUAGGUAUCUUCUAUCUAGAAAUUACUAAAAUCACAAUCACUUUCUUAUAUCAUAUUAUGCUAUCUUAUAUUCUUUGCAAAACACUAAUUAAAUAAAAGAAAAAAAAUCAAAAAUUGUAUCACAAAAACUAAAAUUAUACAUCAACAGACUGUUUUUUUUUUCACAUUAUAAUUUCAUCACAAUUGGUGCUAUAGGGUGCUCAAUUAAGUCUAGAAUGCUAGAUAAUGAUUGUGCCACUACCAAAAAUAUUUUGAGUCAGACCAUGUAAAAUUUAUUAUUGUAAUAAUAUUCAUUUACCUAAGUACGGACAUCUAGUAGUGAAUAGCGGAACUAAACAGAUCGAAGUAAUAUAUAAAUUACAUAGGUUUAUCAGUUUUAUAAAGUGAUUUAAAAAGCUAGUACAUAGCAGGUAUUAUUUGAAUGAUUUUUUACGAUAUGAAAUGUUAGAAUUUUCAUUUGAACAUUAAUUUUGUCACAUUUAUAAACUUAGUUCCGCUACUCACCGCAGCCAGAAGUAAGCGCUAUUGGACUUAAAAUACAAGCAUUGAAUGUAUAGAACCCGUUCUCUUUUGGUAGUGGUAUAAUCGACGUAAUUAUUAUGGUAUAAGUACCAUAUAUGACAUGACAUAAUUGUAAAAAGCGUUUGUAUUAUAUAGUUUUAAUAACAUUGUAUUAUAUUGAAUCGAAAUGUGCUCUCAACGAAAAAUGUAAAAUUUAAAUGUUUUGCGAAAUUAUACAAAAUAAUUAUCGAAAUAAA